UUGUGUCCAAAACUACAUUUUACGAGAAUGUACAACAAACACCGCGUAAGCAAGUGCUAAGAAAAUUAUGUUUAAAAGCAGCCAUAGCAAUUUUAGCGCAACUUGUCAAACCUAACAAGCACGUGCAUGAUCGCACAAAAGCUUGGAGCUGUGCUUAUAUUAUUUGUGUCGUGUGUGGGCCUGCAUAACAAACUGAUAAAAAGAAUCGGUAAAGUGCAACUACAUAUAAGAAGCGUGCUGCAAAUUAGUGAUUUUGUGCAAUCAAAUCAGUGUUAAAUAUAGUUAAUGGUGCAUAUAAUUAUAAACACAAGGGACCCAAGCAUAUAGACGCUGGCGGCUCACCGCAGCAGGCGCUGCGAGGCAACCUGUGUUUGUUAUCAUUUCGUGGCGGCCGCAGCGAACGUCUUGUGUUACCAGGAUUUUACAUGGAUGAGCCGAAAGCGCAAAUGUCACGAUGAGCAACAAUGAGGAGAACAAUUACCCCAACUCAGGUGCCGACACAUCCCAAAGACUGAGCUCCAUUGUCGUGGAUCCCACCACUACUACGAGCCCAGACCAGCAGCAGAAAAAGCCACAACACAAACCCAACUAUUACUAUCAUCGUUACGUAGGCCGUCCACAUUGGCGAUUUGCCGUGCCCAUUAGCCCGUAUGGCUGGUAUCGCGUCCUGGUGUUUAGUCAGAACAGCGGGUACACCGUGAAGCAGGUGCUGGAUAAGCUGCGCCUGGCCGUGGCGCCUCGGAAGUUCAGGUAUUACUAUCUGCAUGAGGGCGGUGAGCAGGAUGUGGAGCAGGAUAAACGGGCCACGUUCACCUUCUAUGUGGAUAACUACAAACUGGCCGCCGAGCUGCAGCUGCGCGGACAUCGUCCGCCGGUCGUGGGUCUGCGCGUUAACGACAGACCGCCCAUGAUCGCGGUGGACGAGCCGUACAGAUGGAAGCUGCGCAAGGUGAUAAUGUCGCGGUACGAUGAGAGGAAACGCUGCCUGAAUCUGUGCCGCUUUUAUGCGGACGAUUACUGGAAGGGCGAGUUCUGUGCGCUGCAGCAGUUCGAGUGCCUUGAGGCAAUUAUUGACAUUAUGGAGCAGGAGCUGCCGCAGCUGCGACGCCUGCUGCUGGACAACAACCACCUGUGCCAUCUGGGCGGCUUUCGUGGCGUUGAGCAGCGAUUGCCUCGGCUGCACUGCAUCUCGCUGCAGCACAACGAGCUGAAGACGCUCCGACCGCUGCGUGUCUUUCAGCGUCUACGUCUCACCGAGCUCAACGUCAAGCGGAAUCCGCUGCCGCGCAACUACGAGCAGCAGCUGGUCACCAUGUUUCCAGAUCUGCGCACCCUCAACGGCCGUUCCGUGGCCAAACGCAGCACGUCCGUGGUCACGGUCAGUGACAGUGACAGCGACAGCAGCAGCAGCAGCAGCAGCAGCAGCAGCAACAGCGACAGCGAUGUGGAGCUUGUGUCUGUCACCGAAUGCAAGCCCAUUAUCAUGCCCGAGCCGAGGGUCACGUACCUGGCGCCACAUGCGCUGCCCAUGCAGCUGGGCAUCAGGAAGUUUGUGCGUCGCUAUCUGAAGGCGUUCGACGGCGAUAAAAGGGCCACGGAUCUGCAGCGCUUCUAUCAGGAGCACGUCCUGGUCUCACUAACACUAGCCAAGGAUCGCGCCAUGCUGGGCUCAUGGACCGCGCCCUAUGCUGCCUAUAGCCGCCAGUUGCUGGCGUGCCGGGUCGCGGCGCUGGAGAUGUUCGCCUCGUGGCCGAAAACGUUGCAUUUGCCGUCAACGAUGACCCUGGAUCUGACGCUGGUCGAGCCCCGGAUGCUGUGCGUCUCCAUAACGGGCAGCUUCGAGGAGAACGGCUCGCCCAACGUGCUGCGGCAUUAUAUGCGCAGCUUUCUGCUGACCAGGACCGAUGUAACGGCCGACUUUCGCAUAGCCAAUGAGCUCAUCUAUAUCAGCAGAGCUGGCCGCGGCCAGCGGCAGCCGGCGCCGCUCAAUCCUGUCCAGCGUAAUUUGAUGUGCAUGCUGUCGGCGGAGACGCAGCUGAAGUCGCGCUGGAGCAGCAAAUUCCUCAAGGACACCAAUUGGGACUAUCAGCAGGCCUUGCUGGCAUUCCAAACACUCCUCCGACGACGCCAGAUACCCGAGAAGGCAUUCGAGGGUGAUACCAAGCCCGAGCCGAGUCCAUGACAUCAGCUGCGCACCAUAUUCCCAAUGUGCCCGCAGGGAAAUUGAAAAUUCCACAGAUUAUGCUGAUUACAUUUUAUUUGAAUUUGAAUUUGAAUUUGAUGUGCGAGGGUAUUACGUGUCCAACGACUAUGUGAUUAAGGCCGCGCCUUCCUUUCCUUCAAUUAUGAUUUAUGAUUUCUUUGCUCAGUUUUCGACAAUAUCAUCUGGAAUAAUACCGUAGCCAUACUUUUAAAAUAACUGGUAAGAUCGUGAACAAUUGUUAGUAAUAAAUAUGUCCUCAUACAUACAUACACAUGUAUGUAUGUAUAUAUAUAUGUAUAUAUCUGUAUAUAUAUUUACGAUUUGUAAUUUAUUUUCAUCGAGAUCAGUCGGAAGUACAUAAAUACAUAUGUAUAACAAA